UGGGUGGGUGGUUGGGGGUUAGUUAGUUCGCAGUUCGCUCUGAACUGCUGUGAUGGGCCAGUGUUAUGGUAAGACGAUCCCCACCACCGGUGAUGCUGAUGCUACAACCACUAUUACCGCUUUCGCCGAUCAGCCGUCGCAGGCUCAGAGUCCUCUCCCUUCCUCCGCCGUCAACAACGCCGUUUCGGUAAAAAACACGCCGGCGCGAUCCUCCGCUGCGGCCAGUCCCUGGCCUAGUCCUUAUCCUCACGGAAGUUCCGCCCCAGGGGGAGCUCCCAGUCCGUUGCCGCCCGGCGUGUCUCCGUCUCCGGCGAGGUCUACUCCGAGGCGGUUCUUCAAACGCCCCUUCCCUCCGCCGUCUCCGGCUAAGCACAUCAAGGCCUCUCUCGCCAGGCGAUUCGGCCAUGCUAAGGUUCCCAGAGAGGGGCCCAUCCCUGAGGACGGCGCGGCCGAGCCCGAUCAGUCGCUGGAUAAGAAUUUCGGCUACAAUAGGAACUUCGGUGCCAAGUACGAGUUGGGGAAAGAGGUGGGGCGAGGGCAUUUCGGUCAUACAUGCUAUGCCCUGGGCAAAAAAGGAGAGCUCAAGGACCUCCCUCUCGCCGUCAAAAUCAUUUCCAAAGCCAAGAUGACAACAGCAAUAUCUAUUGAAGAUGUCCGGAGAGAAGUGAAGAUUUUGAAAGCUCUUUCAGGCCAUAGGCAUUUGGUCAAAUUUUAUGAUGCUUGUGAGGAUGCCAAUAAUGUUUACAUUGUCAUGGAAUUGUGUGAAGGAGGAGAAUUACUUGACAGAAUAUUGUCACGGGGUGGUAGAUACUCAGAAGAUGAUGCAAAACUUAUUGUUGUACAAAUUCUGAGUGUAGUUGCAUUCUGUCAUCUACAAGGUGUUGUUCACCGUGACUUGAAGCCAGAGAAUUUUUUAUUCACCUCUAGAAACGAAGAUGCUGAUAUGAAGCUAAUUGACUUUGGUCUUUCUGACUUUAUCAGACCAGAUGAGAGACUUAAUGAUAUUGUUGGAAGUGCAUAUUAUGUAGCACCAGAAGUGCUCCACAGAUCGUACAGUUUGGAUGCAGAUAUCUGGAGUAUUGGUGUGAUCACCUAUAUUUUGUUAUGUGGAAGCAGACCAUUCUGGGCAAGGACAGAAUCUGGAAUUUUCCGUGCAGUCUUACGAGCUGACCCUAACUUUGAAGAUUUACCUUGGCCUUCUGCCUCCCAAGAGGCCAAGGACUUUGUUAAAAGGCUUCUAAACAAAGACUAUAGGAAAAGAAUGACUGCUGCUCAAGCUUUGAUGCAUCCAUGGUUGCGGAGUGAAAGCCAUCCCAUUCCUCUAGAUAUAUUGAUCUAUAAGUUGGUUAAGAGUUAUCUAAAUGCCACCCCUCUCAAGCGUGCAGCAUUGAAGGCUCUGUCGAAAGCUUUGACAGAGGAUGAACUGGUUUACCUGAGAGCACAAUUUAUGCUUUUGGAACCUAAUAAAGAUGGGCGAGUAUCUAUCGAAAACUUUAGAAUGGCUCUUUCAAGAAAUGCAACUGAUGCUAUGAGAGAAUCAAGGGUCCCAGAUAUUCUAAAUGCGAUGGCACCACUAUCUUAUAGAAAGAUGGACUUUGAGGAGUUUUGUGCAGCUGCUAUCAGCACUUACCAACUGGAAGCCCUGGAGGGCUGGGAGCAAAUUGCAUCAACGGCAUUCGAGUUUUUUGAACAGGAGGGGAAUCGAGUAAUUUCUGUUGAGGAAUUGGCUAGGGAGUUGAAUGUGGGCCCCACCGCGCAUUCGAUCCUCAGAGACUGGAUAAGAAGCGACGGGAAACUGAGCCUACUUGGGUACACUAAAUUUUUGCAUGGGGUGACGCUUCGCAGUACAAAUACAAGACACCAUUAGCAGAGUUAUGAAUUUACUAGCUGCUGAUCCUUUUUUCUUCUUCUUCUUCUUAUUGUCCUGGUCGGUCCAUGCUGCUGGUGUUUAGUAUAUUCAAUCAACAAGCGAUAGCUUCUUAGGUGUUUAUACAUUGAUGCGCUUCGAAUGAUAUGCAUUCUUUUCUUUUUUUCUUUUUUCUUGGAUUAGAGGGGGGAAGUGAUGUAAAAAGAAAAAAAAAAAAAAAGAAUAUAGAUGGAGUGAGUGAAAUAGGGAGGUGGGAUAUUAUUGUUUAGGAGGAGGGGAUGUUAGUGGGCAGAAGAAUUUGUUGAGUUGAGAUGGAAAGUGUUAAUGGAUGAUUUGUCUGUCUGAAAUUGAGUGUAUUUAGCAGAAUUGCAUGUAACCCAACCCUUGAGAAUUGAGAAAUGCCCAUUUUCCAAAUUCAACACCUACACUAUAGACA